AUGGUCAACUCCAUGCUGCCGCCGCGCGAGUGGACGCAGACGUCGGGGACGUGGAUGCAGUACGUGUCGAAGAAGACGGCGACGCGCAUGGACGUCAUCUCCCUCCAGGAGGACCUGGACAAGCGGCUGCUCGACCGGCAGGCGCGCGACGCGGGCAUCUGCCCCGUGCGCGAGGAUUUGUACAGCCAGUGCUACGACGAGCUCAUCCGCCAGAUCACGCUCGACGGCCCCGAGCGGGGGCUCCUGCUGCUGCGCGUGCGCGACGAGAUCCGCAUGACCAUCGACGCCUACAAGGUGCUCUACGACAGCAGCGUGACGUUCGGCAUCCGGAAGCAGCUCCAGGCGGAGCAGGGCAUGUCGGAGCUCGAGGGCCGCAUCGCCGAGCUCGAGGCCGAGAACAAGGACUUGGAGAACCAGGUCCUCGAGCUCCGCAACGGCGUCGAGGUCAUCGAGAAGCGCGAGAACGAGCACAAGGCCGUCGAGGACAAGAAGCGCAAGGACGAGAUCGACUUCCUCAAGUACCAGGGCCAGCACCUCGACGCCUUCCUCCGCCAGCUCGGGCCCGUCGGCGGGAAGUGA